AGUGGCACAGGCUCCAGAACAAGGAGGAGACCGAAGAGGAAGGAGCCUGUUGGCUGUGUACCUCUUCCUUCUCCUCCUUCUAACAUCUCCUACCACCUCCCACCUACCUGCUCCUCUCCAGAGCAAUAGCACAAGAGGCUCCUGUUCCUGGCAGUUCUGUGCUUUUGGACAGAUCAGCAGCAAUGGCAAUGCUCACUCUGGGCCAGAUGCUGGAUGCUGCCCUCGGGUCAUCGAGAGCUGGAGUCAUUGACUUUGAGCAACUGCACAACCUCCUGAAUGGGAUGCUUUUGCACCUGGGCCUGCGGGAUCUGCUUGUCCAGGAGAGUGGGGAACCACUGGAGGGGGCCGAGGAAAGCCCUUUCUCUUUCCUUAAGGAGUUAAAGCAGAAAGUGGAAGCCAAUGAAAAAGAAAUUGCCGAGGUCCGGGCUCUUUGCCAGGAGCUGCGUGAGGAGGUCAAUGAGGUGAAGCUGGAGCAGUCCCACAUGGCUGAGGACAUGCAGUAUAUGCUACAGAAUUUUGACAUGGAAGGAUUCCAGAACAUGAUGGAUGACCUCCGUAACCAGCUAUUGGACUCUCUCAUGUCUGCCAUGAAGGACAUGAUGCAGGGCGGACAAGGCUCCCCAGACAAGCAGCAGCAUGCUGGCCCCAAGCACCUAGACCCGUGGGAUGACCCAGGGCUGAUUGUCAUCGGCAAUGAAAUUACCCUUGUGGAAAAGCCCAGGACACCAAGGCAUGGGAACAGCCAGCCUGCCAGCCCUCUGCCCCCGGAAGCCAAGACACAGGGCAGAGGGAAGGAGGCGAAUGCGAGCAGCGACCGGGUCUCCGUUGGGGAAAAUGACAUGGGACAGAACGUGGAAGAGAGUGACAUGGGACAGAACAGGGGACGGAAUGGCAUGGGACAGAGGGGCAUGGGAUGGAGUAUGGGACAGAAUUACAUGGGACGGAACAUGGGACAGAGGGACAUGAGGCGAAAUGUGCAAUGGAGCAACGCAGAACAGAAUGACAUGGGACAGGACAUAGGACAGAAUUACAUGGGACGGAACAUGGGACAGAGGGACAUGAGGCGAAAUGUGCAAUGGAGCGACGCAGAACAGAAUGACAUGGGACAGGACAUAGGACAGAAGGACAUGGGACCGAAUGUGGGACAGAGGGACAUGAGACGAAAUGUGCAAUGGAGCAACACAGAACAGAAGGACAUGGGACAGGACAUAGGACAGAAGGACAUGGGACCGAAUGUGGGACAGAGGGACAUGAGACGAAAUGUGCAAUGGAGCGACGCAGAACAGAAUGACAUGGGACAGGACAUAGGACAGAAGGACAUGGGACCAAACGUGGGACAGAGGGACAUGAGACAAAAUGUGCAAUGGAGCAACACAGAACAGAAGGACAUGGGACAGGACAUAGAACAGAAGGACAUGGGACUGAACGUGGGACAGAGGGACAUGAGACGAAAUGUGCAAUGGAGCAACGCAGAACAGAAUGACAUGGGACAGGAUGACAUGGGACAGAUCAAGGAUGAAGAGAUUGAGAUACGCAUCUCUAAGGCAGAGGCUCUUCCCAGCCCCCGGGUUAGUCCUCCUGAGAUGACCAGUAAAGAAGAGAUCAAGGAAGAAGACACCAAGAUGAGCAUCUCCAAGGCUCCUCCCCGCGUUCAGAAAAAGAGUUCGGAUGGCAGUUUCACCACCUCAGGAACACAUCCAAGAGCGCCUGGCACCCACGUCCCAGUCCAGCGGGUGCAGUCAGUACGAGGCCACCCAGGAUCCCAGAGCCUCUGGAUCCCAGCCGAGAGCGUGGCUGGGACUAGCAGUAGGCUCCCAACAUCCAAGGAGGCACGUGGAAGAGGCAGCAUCAGGAUGGAGGCAUUCCCAGCUGAAGCUGGACUGAUUCUCCUCAAGGUGCCCUCUUCCGAGUACACACCUUGUGACCAGCUUGUGCAGUUGCCUGGCCGACACUCUGAGGUCAUCCCAUCCACUCCACCGCCAUCCCCCGGCUUCUCUGUGCGCCUGCCCCACGCUCGCAGGCAGCGCCAACCACAGGAGCACAGGGAGCAGGCAGCCGAGGGGUAUCCCCGCAGAUCACCGAUGUACUCCGGGGGCAAACACACCAGUGUCUGCCCCGUGCAGCCCAUGGAGCCCCUCCUUCCAGACCCCAACAAGCCUGGCACGUUCGACCUGAUGGGCAGGGAUGGAGUCGUGUACCGGGGCCGGACUCCCCCGGGGAUGGACUGAGCACGCAACUCCAGCCUGCAGAAAUAAAGGGUGACCAGCA